AUGUUUCCUCGAAGAUCGACGGAAGAUCAGAAAGAUUUGAAAGAGGGGCUCAAAGUGUUUACCUGGACUAUGAAAACAUCAAAACUCAUUGGAUUAUGGCCCCUGGCGCCUAAUAAUUUUGUGUUUGUCAUAACUUUUGUUUACUUCUCAACGUUUAUGAUCCUUGAGUACAUGGAUCUGUUUUUUUCGAUUACUGACAUAGACCAAGUGCUCAACAACCUUUUUGUAAAUUUAACUUUCACUCACAUUUUCAUCCGAGGACUGCUCUUGAAGCGGCAUAUUAAUAAACUCGGCGGAGUUAUUGAAGAAAUGAUCCAAGAUUUUAAUGUAAAAACUUUCAAACAGUCGUCGGAAGUUAAAGUUUUUAUGAGUUACAUCAACUCAGCAAGAUUCUUUGUAAAAUUUACAAUUAUUUUUAUGAUAAUGUCUAUUUAUCCAUACUUUUUAAAACCGCUGUCUGCUGAACAAGAUCUCGGUAAGGCUAAUCAAAAUACAAAUGAAACAAUUGAAUACAUUUUGCCGUAUCCAACUUAUGUUGUCUUCAAAAUUAACGACUCAAAUACUUACAUGUGGACUUACAUGGCAUAUGUACCGAUCACUUACAUCCACGGAUGUUGCCAUGCAACGGUAGAGUGUACUCUCAUCACCCUCAUCUUCUACUUAAGAGCAAAAUUAGUAAUUUUAGCAGAAAGGAUCAACGAGCUGAACAGCAUCGCUGGAGUCUGGAAAAUUGAACUCGAAAAUAUAAUUACAGAACAUUCUAAAAUAUUAAAAUUCGGUGGAACGGUGAUUGAUGCGUACAGCUCAUCGCUGAUGGUUUACAUGUUGAGUGCUUCUAUACUCGUUUGUAUAAUUGGAUAUAAAAUAUUGCUUAAUUUUUUAACAGGUCCCGAUUCAGAAGUUGUGCAAAUGGUGGUCUAUUUAUGUACAACGUACCUUAUAAUAAGUGUUUUUUGUGUUGUCAGUGAGCGUUUAAGCGCUGAGAGCAAUCAAAUAAGUGAAGCUUUUUGGAGCUGUUAUUGGUAUGACAAGCCUCCAAAAACUGUCAAAAAUAUAAUAUUUUGCAUUGCCAGAUCACAAACACCUCUUGCCUUAAAAAUAGGAAAAUUUUCAUAUUUUGGCAAUGAUACAUUAACUGUUCUUACAAAAACUAGUAUGGGAUACUUAUCAGUUUUGAGACAUUUUUUGAUGACUGAGUGAAGAAUAG